CAAGUGCAAACUCGACAAGCACAGCUACUGCUAUAUAUUGAGGUCAGUUGGUUCGGAUUCCUAAUUGGGAAUGGCCACCAGGGACCUCGGAGACAAGCUCAGCUAUAUUUAGGGAUAUAACCCCAGUUUCUCGGCUUCGAAAACUCGCCUUCAUGUCGCCCGACUCUCCGCUCUCCGCAGGAUGCCACACCUUCACGAACCCCAGAAAUAGCUUGACACUAGAGUAUUUGAUACACGGGGAUAAUGAUGCGACAAAGCCACUUUUGGUGGUUCAAUGUCCUGGCUGGGGUCCGGGCUCGCGGUACUUGCAAGUCUGCCUGGCGCCUCUUGAGGAGCACUUUAUGCUUCUCUUUCCUCACCCGCGGGGAACUGGUGGUUCCACCGCGCCCCCCGACGAGACCCAGAUGGGCACGAUGACCCAUAUGUCUGAAGAUCUUGAAGUGCUUCGAAUACAUCUCGGCCUGGACUAUUUUCCUGCACUCCUUGGCCACUCGAAUGGCGGGUCCAUUGUCCUCGGAUAUGCGGAGAAGUACCCAUCCCGAGUCAAGAAACUCAUUCUGAUCAGCCAUCGUCUGGUGGGCUUCCGCGAACAUUCACUGCUACUGCAAUGCAAAGACGAUGAGCAAUAUAAAGAUGCAUUUGAGUGGUACGUGUCACACAGCGUCAAGACGGACGAGGACUUCUUGCAGCUCUCAAGGCAUGUUCCGCCGCUGUACUUCGUUGAUCCGGAACGGCAUCUUCCGCAAUUUGAGACAAUAUUUGUGGAUCAGAUCCAGUCGUCCUACUGUUAUCGUGCACAAAGGGUGAGCGACAUGAAGCAAGAAAAUCCCCCGCUGAUGAAAGCGAGACUGGGGGAUGUAAAGGCAAAAACGUUGAUCAUCUUCGGCCGACAGGACCUCAUAUGUGAGCUGGGAAACGCAUACCGAACGAAGGAGGGCAUCUCAGAUGCAAAGUUGAUCAUCUACGAUAAUUGCGGUCACAUCCCAAUGUUAGAGAAAACGGAAGAAACACUCCAUGACAUCGUGGUCUUCUUAUCAAGUUAG